GCAGAGAAAAUGAAAGCCCAGAGAAACAGAUGAAAGAGUUUGCCAGUUCCCAAUCACUAAAAAAAUUACAGAUUCGAUUUCAACCUCCCCUCUCUCUCUCUCUCUCUCUCUCUAGUUCUUUCCUUUUGAUUCAAAAUUAUAAUAUACUAUCUACAUAUAUAUAUAUAUGUGUGUGUGUGUGUGUGUAUAAACAGUUAUCCCGUUUUAGUACACCUCCUUUCCACCAUAAACAAAUCUUAAAAACACCCAUCUAAAAUUCCACUUCUCUCUGCACAAACAUCAUGGCCUAGCUGUUUCUUGGAUCCAGAGAUUCUGGGUCUUUCAAUUAGUUUUUAAAACACAUAGCCCACAAGACAUGAUUUGGUUUCUCUCCUUGUCCCUCCCACAUUUCUUCUUCCUCUGUUCCUAAUCUCUGUACUCGUAGCUGUAAUGCCUGUAAAUCCAUGCACCCUCUUCUCCUCCUCAUCCUCUCUCCUCCUCUCUCUUUUAUUUCUUCUUUUCUCUCUUCAAUCUCUGGCUCUCAACCCACAAGCUCAGACUCUUCUUUCAUGGAAGAUCAACUUCAAUGGAUCCCUUCUGGCCUUGGAUAAUUGGAACCCAGAUGAUGAAACUCCCUGUUCAUGGUCUGGGAUCACCUGCAACAACAAUAACCAGGUUGUUGAAUUGAAUUUGAAGGAUGUCAAUUUGUUUGGAACACUACCUUCUAAUUUCACCUCAUUGCAGACACUCUCCAAGCUUGUUCUUUCGAGUACAAAUCUUACUGGUCCAAUUACCAAAGAGAUUAGUCUUCUUCCCCAGUUGAGGUACCUGGAUUUAAGUGACAAUAGCUUAACAGGGGAAAUCCCGAGUGAGCUCUGCAACUUGAGCAAUCUGGAAGAACUCUACAUCAAUUCCAACGAACUGGAAGGUUCUAUUCCAAUCCAAAUUGGCAAUCUCACAAGCUUGAAAUGGCUGACUCUGUACGAUAAUCAUCUAAGUGGUGGAAUCCCCAGCACUAUCGGGAACCUAAAGAAUCUUCAGGGAAUUAGAGCUGGUGGCAAUCAGAACCUUGAGGGUCCCCUGCCUCCAGAAAUAGGGAACUGUGCCAAUCUGGUUAUGUUAGGACUUGCAGAGACAAGCAUUUCCGGAUUCCUUCCUUCAACCCUUGGUCUCCUCGAGAAACUUCAAACCAUCGCAAUAUACACCGCCUAUCUCUCCGGCCAGAUCCCGCCGGAGCUCGGUGACUGCACCGACCUGCAAAACAUUUACCUAUACGAGAACUCACUCUCCGGAUCCAUACCUACCAAAUUAGGCAAUCUCAGGAAUCUUCAGAACCUGUUGCUCUGGCAAAAUAACCUGGUGGGGAUAAUACCGCCGGAGCUUGGCAACUGCAACCAAUUGCAAGUUAUUGACCUAUCGAUGAAUUCCCUCACCGGCAGCAUUCCCAAGACUUUUGGGAAUCUCAGCUCGCUCCAAGAGCUUCAACUCAGCGUAAACCAAAUCUCCGGCGAAAUCCCGCCUGAACUCGGUGAUUGUUUGCAGGUCACUCACAUCGAGCUCGACAACAACCUAAUCACCGGCACUGUACCUCCAGAGUUGGGCAAUUUAUCCAAUCUCACCCUCUUGUUUCUCUGGCAAAACAAGCUCGAAGGAAGCAUCCCACCUUCCAUUGCCGACUGCGCAAACCUCGAGGCCAUCGAUCUCUCCCAGAAUGGAUUCACGGGUUCCAUACCCAGAGGAAUCUUCCAGCUCACGAAAUUGAAUAAACUACUGCUCCUCUCCAACAAUCUCUCGGGCGAGAUACCGCCGGAUAUCGGAAACUGCUCGUCAUUGAUUCGGUUUCGCGCCAGUAAUAACGAGUUAACAGGGACUAUUCCUCCACAGAUUGGGAAUCUGAAGAGACUGAGUUUCUUCGACGUCGGUUCCAAUCGUCUCUCCGGAUUCAUACCGAGGGAGAUCUCAGGUUGCGAAAACCUUACGUUUGUAGACUUGCAUUCCAACUCGAUCGCCAGUAACUUGCCGGAUAGUUUAGGCAAGCUCGUGUCGCUUCAGUUUAUUGAUUUAUCCGAUAAUUUGAUUGAGGGGACACUGAAUCCGAGUCUCGGCACUCUUAGUUCACUCACUAAACUCGUCCUGAGGAAUAACCGAUUUUCCGGGUCCAUUCCCAGUCAACUCGGCUCCUGCGGCAAGUUGCAGUUGCUAGACUUGAGUGGAAACGAGCUGUCUGAGAAUAUUCCGGGCAGCUUGGGGAAGAUUCCGGCGUUGGAAAUAUCACUUAACCUGAGCUGGAACCAGCUGUCCGGGGAGAUUCCGUCCGAGUUCACGGCGUUAGACAAGCUCGGGAUCCUAGACCUCUCUCAUAACCAGCUCUCCGGCGACCUCCGUUACCUCUCGGAGAUGCAAAACCUAGUGGUUCUCAAUAUCUCCCACAACAACUUCACUGGGCGAGUGCCAGACACGCCCUUCUUCGCUAAGCUUCCUCUCAGUGUUCUCUCCGCGAAUCCCUUCCUCUGUUUUCUGGGCAACCACUGCUCAGCAGAAGAUGGAAGUAAACCAGGAAGCUUAUCGCGACGAGCCACAGCGGCGCGUGUGGCGAUGGUAGUCCUGCUAUGCGCUGCGUGCGCGCUCCUCCUGGCGGCGCUCUAUAUCAUCCUCGGACCCAAGUGCCGAGGCGGUGGGUCCCGCAACGACAUUGAAGGAAGCGAUGACGUGGAGAUGGGCCCGCCAUGGGAGGUCACUCUUUUCCAGAAGCUAGAGCUUUGUAUAGCUGACGUGGCACGGAGCCUCACCCCAGGCAGUGUCAUCGGCCGAGGCCGAUCCGGCGUCGUUUACAAAAUAACUCUUCCAUCGGGAUUAAUCAUAGCCGUAAAGAGAUUUCCGUCGUCGGAGAAAGUAUCAGCCGGGGCAUUUUCAUCAGAGAUCGCGACUCUAGCGAGAAUCCGUCACCGGAACAUCGUCAGAUUGCUCGGGUGGGGCGCAAACCGGAAAACGAAGCUGCUGUUCUACGAUUACAGGGCGAACGGUACGCUGGGAGCGCUAUUGCACGACGGUUCCGGAGGGUCUGUGGACUGGGAGAUUCGAUUCAAGAUCGCAUUAGGCGUUGCCGAGGGAUUAGCUUACUUGCACCAUGACUGCUCGCCAGCGAUACUUCACCGAGAUGUAAAGGCUCAUAACAUAUUGUUGGGAGAUAGAUACGAGGCGUGCUUGGCUGAUUUCGGGCUCGCCCGAUUGGUUGAAGACGAGAACGGCGGUUCGUUUUCGGCUAACCCGCAGUUUGCUGGGUCCUACGGCUACAUGGCACCAGAAUAUGCUUGCAUGCUAAAAAUAACAGAGAAGAGCGAUGUUUACAGCUACGGCGUCGUUUUACUGGAGAUAAUCACAGGAAAAAAACCAGUUGACCCAUCAUUUCCAGAAGGUCAACACGUGAUCCAGUGGGUUCGAGACCACCUGAAGAGGAAGAAAGACCCUGUUGAAAUCCUUGAUCCUAAGCUCCAAGGUCAUCCCGAUACUCAAAUCCAGGAGAUGCUCCAAGCACUAGGAAUCUCCCUUCUCUGCACCAGCAACCGCCCAGAAGAUCGUCCCACCAUGAAAGACGUCGCCGUUUUGUUAAGAGAAAUCAAACACGACCCCGCCGCCACAGGAAGUGAUGGCCAAAAACCCACCACCGGAGAGAAGCCGCAGACAAACCCAUCUUCCACCGUCACUCCCGCACAGUUGCUACGUCUACAAAGUUCCUCAAAUUGCUCUCUAGCUAAUUACUCAUCUUCCUCCUCCAGUACCAAUUAUAAGUUAUAGGUGAUUGCUACCAUUCAUGUCAUUCAAUUUUUUAUUGGUUAAGAUUGAUUUGAUUCACCUCCCAGAAUAGGAAUUGUAUAAAUUAAGAGGUACGUACAUAUAUAAUAAAAGGUAGAAUGGUGAAGGGUUUUGGAUGGCCAAACGACGAGUGUACAGAAGGAUUUGAUGAGUUAUAAAUACAUGUCAGAGUAUCAUUUUCUGA